CCGGAAGUUUACACAUGUUUGCGCUUUCACGUGGAGAGGAUUUCUAGUUUUAAAAUGUCUACAAAGAAAAAUAAAAGUAAAUCCAAAAGAACUAGUGAGGGGGACAGUUCACUGGGGCUAAAGGAGGAGGCUUUACAUGAUUCUUCAGGUCAAAGCUCGAAAAAUAGCAACUUAUUCACUGUCAUCGACUUCAUUGAAAAAGCCGAUGACAAAACACCUAAAAGCUGCAGAUCAUGGCUCGCCCAAAUGGGUCUCAACUCGAUGAAAGCUGCUAAAGUGUGUAUUGGAAGACCUGUUCUAUUGACGAGCUCUGUUGGACAAGAUGUGUGUUUGGGCUGGCCUGUUGCCUCGUUCCCUGGUGGAAAGGUGGGGCUGCAGAAGUGUGCUCUGAGUAACCUAAGGGUCAAGCAGGGAGAGGAGGUGAUGGUGCAGCCUGUCACUGGACCAGUGCUUCAGACCACAGAGGUGCUUCUCUCCACCAGGUCAAAGGACGACAAACUUGACACAGAUGAAUUUAAAAACUUUUUCCUACGAUCUUUAGAAGGAAACAUCAUUCUCCCUGGUAACAUUGUUUCUCUGAGUUACUUUGGCCGCUCGUGUAGUCUGCGUGUGGAGAGCAUCCGGGGAGAGGACGGAGUGACCCUCCAGAGACCCUCUCCUCCUCUGGGACAGGAGACUGAGGCUGACCAGUCCUCUGCAGACCUCCCAAUGCUGGACUGCACUUCUGCUGACCUGUCCCUUCAAAUGAGUUUACUCAAUGUAGACGACAGUGAACCACACACACCCAGCUCGAGCGGAGAUACCUGCCCCACAGCUAGCACCCCUUGUCGGACUGCACCCCUCCCUUCUCUAUCCUCCCCACCACCUCAUACACCCUCCUACAACUCCCAGAACGCACUUGCAGAUCCACAAGAGACUCUGUUGAACAUAGAUCCAGCUGAAACGUUUCCUACAGCUCCCCCUGGUGGUGUUUUGAGUACUGACACUUUUUACUUCCUAUCAUGCUCCACUAAAGUGAGUUUCAAAGACAGGGCAGCUCAGAACGAUACAGAGGAACAAUCCAAAAGCACAAGAGUUAGUUAUAGCAUGAUUGGUGGGCUCAGUAACCAAUUAGAUGUCAUCAGAGAAACAAUUGAACUUCCAUUGAAAAAUCCAGAGCUGUUCACAAAUUAUGGUAUCCCACCCUCACGAGGAGUUCUGCUCUACGGGCCCCCAGGAACAGGGAAAACCAUGAUUGGUCGAGCUAUAGCCAAUGAAGUGGGAGCUCAUAUGACUGUGAUAAACGGACCAGAGAUUAUGAGCAAAUUUUAUGGUGAGACUGAAGCAAGGCUCCGGCAGAUUUUUAGUGAAGCUUCUCAAAGACAGCCAGCCAUAAUCUUCAUCGAUGAACUGGACGCCCUCUGUCCGAAGAGAGAGGGAGCACAGAAUGAAGUGGAGAAACGUGUGGUGGCUUCUCUUCUCACUCUGAUGGACGGCAUUGGUUCGGAGGGACACUCAGGUCAGGUGCUGGUUCUUGGAGCCACAAAUCGACCUCAUGCCCUCGACCCGGCUCUCCGUCGACCAGGGCGCUUUGACAAAGAAUUGGAGGUGGGGGUUCCUAGUGCAGUGGAGAGAGCAGACAUUUUGCAGAAGUUGUUGCACACGGUCCCUCACAGCGCCUCAGUGGAGGAGCUGAACCGGCUGGCAGAGAGCGCCCAUGGAUAUGUGGGAGCAGACCUGGCAGCUGUUUGUAAGGAGGCUGGUUUGCAUGCACUAAGGGGAGUGUUGGGAGGAUCCACACACCUGUCUGACCAGCAGCUGAAGGGAAGAGUCACUGUCACCCUGCAGGACCUGACCUGGGCCAUGUCUGUGGUGAAGCCCAGUGCCAUGAGGGAGGUGGCUAUAGAUGUUCCUAAGGUGCGGUGGUCAGAUAUCGGAGGCAUGGAGGACGUGAAGUUGAAACUGAAGCAGGCAGUGGAGUGGCCCCUGAGGCACCCCGAGGCCUUCACCCGGAUGGGCAUCCAGCCGCCUAAAGGAGUCCUGCUGUACGGGCCCCCGGGCUGCUCCAAGACUAUGAUCGCCAAGGCUCUGGCCAACGAAAGCGGACUCAACUUCUUAGCUAUCAAAGGACCUGAACUACUCAGCAAAUAUGUCGGGGAAUCUGAAAGAGCUGUCAGAGAGGUGUUUCGGAAGGCCCGGACGGUCGCUCCUUCCAUAGUAUUUUUUGAUGAGAUCGAUGCACUGGCCAGCGAGAGAGGAAGCUCGUCGGGGUCAGGCGGCGUGGGCGACCGGGUCCUGGCCCAGCUGCUGACAGAGAUGGACGGGCUGGAGCAGCUCCGGGACGUCACGGUGCUGGCCGCCACCAACCGGCCGGACAUGAUGGAUAAGGCUCUGAUGCGGCCAGGGCGGCUUGACCGGAUCGUCUACGUCCCUCUCCCAGAUGCUUCGACGCGGCAUGAAAUCUUCUCUCUGCAGUUCAAGAACAUGCCUAUAGCUCCAGACGUGUCUAUAGAAGAGCUGGUGUCCAAGACCAACAAGUAUUCUGGAGCUGAGAUAACAGCAGUAUGCAGAGAGGCGGCGCUACUGGCCCUACAGGAGGACAUCAAAGCCCAAAGCGUCCAGGCCAGGCAUUUGGAGCAAGCCCUGAUCACCGUGCAGCCCCGCGUCCCUGACUCCCUCAUCCAAUCGUACAUCAGAUAUCAGCAGAGGCACAGCGGAGGUCUGGCCCUUUUCUGACCACACCAUCACAACACACAGACAGCAGUCAUGUGAGGAAGACAGAGGGCCUCUGAGCUGUUUCUUACUACUGUGUGCAUGCUGAAUAAACAGGGCAGCUUUCCACAUUUGAACUUGUUGUUUUGUUUAUUUUGAGUUAAGAGAACUCAGAUGGUAGUAAUAUUUUAGUAUAUUUAAUAUUAUACAUAUUUGAGGUUAGAAAUCACCAUUAUUAUGAAUUCAGUGCAUCCUUGAAGUUAACCAUGUUUGACCUGUGGAUGCUGUGAACAAGAAACAAUACAGUCAGAAUAAUAAAAAUGUACAUUUGGUUUUAGAACAAUACAAUCUCACCAUUGUACAAAUGAGCUAUAAGCCACAUACAACUUUACUGGAACAAAAACUAUGGAAAACUGUUUUGUAAAUCAGAUUUGUGAAUUAAAUGUACUUUCUGCUUGUU